AUGGCUGAUUCAAGAGUUCGCAAGAAUGCAUCAGAACCAAUCAAUACAUACUCAUUCAUUCGUGGAAGUUAUGAUUCAACAUUAACUAGAACAGUAAAUGAUAUAUUAAAUGAUUUGAAUAUUAAGGUAAGAGUUGAACAGAAGAAUGAAGAAAUAAAGAGUAUAAUGAAUGAAAACAAAGAUGUAAACAUUGACGAUAAACUUGCCCAGAGCAUAGUUGAUGGCAUCUGUGAUUUUGAAGUACAUAAUGAUGGUGGAAACAUGAAUUUAGAAAAAGAAGUUACAUUAUUCACACUGUUUCAAGCAAUUAAUUCGUUACCGGAUCAUUUAAUUAAUGAAGCAUACGAUAACGUUUAUAACUUCUGUAGUUUAACAGAAAAUGCUAAAAGUAAUUUUGAAAAAGCACGUAGUAGAUAUGCACAUUUAAUGACUUCUCCAUUUGUUUUGGUGAAGAUUCUAAAACUUUAUCAAAAGGAAUAUUAUGAUGAAUAUAUUUUACCUUUAUUACGUAAGCCAAAAAUAACAUUUGAUAUCAAACUUGAUGACUCGUUUUUGAUAACAGAUAUUAGACGCAAGGCUGAAAAUCAUCAGUAUAAAAACAGUUCUGAAGUAAUUGAGGAUUUAUCACGUGUAAUCCGUUUUGUAGAUUGUGGAAAUAAAUAUUUCAUUCAAAAGGACUAUAAUAUCCACGACAAAAUGAAUCAAAUAUCAUUCGUUCUUCAAUCAAACAUGAAAGAGUCACUCAAAAUGAUUAAAUUAUUUAAAGAAGAAGGUAAAACCAUAACAGCAUGGGACGUACUAUUAAAUCAAUUAUCCUCAUUAACCGUUAAGGGUGUUUGCUUUAAAUCUGAUUCCCCAGAUGUUUUCUCAACGUUUCAGGGUUAUAAAUACAACAUUCUCGAAAAACCAGAUUACUCAAAAAUUGAGAUGUUUAUGAAUUUCAUUAAAGAAGCCAUUUGUGAUAAUAACGAUGAAGUGUAUAAAUACCUUCUCGGCUGGAUUGCAUCAAUGAUUCAACAUCCUGGAAUCAAGAAUGAAACAGCAAUUAUUUUGAAAGGACUUCAGGGAACAGGUAAAAACAGAUUUACAGACAUUAUCUGA